AACAUGGCCACACAACCCAGAAAACUCACAGCAACCCAGUGAUUCUGGCCAUGAAAGCCUUUGACAACACAUUAAACACCAAACUUUUGCAUGACUUUCCUUAGUUCAGGUCUAAAGAAGAAAAUAAACUCUUUCAUUCAUUCAGUCAUUCAUUCAUUUCUGUUCUACUUUUCGCCCAUAUAGGACCCAUUAAAUAUCAUGACAUUUAUAAAUUAUUUGUUUAUCUAUGUGCUAAAUGAUAUAAACAAUCAUUUGGUUUAUGGCUAUUGUUCCUUUUAGCUGAACAUCCAGAGGAGGAAUGGCUUUUCAUGAUAGUUUAUCUCGCACUCAGAAGAUACUACUCUCCAUCUUCUGCUUUCCGGUUCUUCCUUUCUACCUCUGCUACGUAUACUUUACAAAGAGUGAGGAAGAUGAAGGGACAUCGAACAGUGCUGCAGCUCAAGCAGAAGAAGGGAGGAUUCAAGAAGCAGCAGACAGGCAAUCCAGAUUCACAGGCCAGGCAGUGGAAACACAGUACGAUGCACAGCCACCAAUUGUUACCUUUCAGCCGAAUCAAGAUCGUGUCAGUAUUGAAAUACUUCCUAGGUAUCCCACACCACAUACACGGAAGAAGUCAUCCAUCAGAAAAGUUUUCCUUUCUGUGGUUUUUCUAGAAAAUCAAGUAUUUCCUGAUCAGAUAGGAAAAGUUAAUAAAGGUUUUCAAGAUGAUGGAGAACAACGGCCAACAUUGUCUGGGAGACAAGACCACUAUGCUUAUCCAUGGGAUAAAUCCAACCUAAAAUCAAUGUCAAUAGACAUUGAACAGUUUAAGAGUCUGGAUGUUUAUGCAUCAAAGGUGAAUGUCAGGAACAGUGUGGAAAACCUGGUGAACGUCUUGCUCCAAAGAGCCCACAGUGAUCUGGAGAAAGUCAGAGCCAUUUGGAUAUGGGUGUGCCAUCACAUAGAAUAUGAUGUGGAAGGGUUCCAUAAUGAAGCCAAGAGGUCUUGUGCACCAGCAGAUGUCCUUCGGUCAGGAAAGAGUGUUUGUGCUGGAUACGCAGCGCUCUUUGAACAAAUGUGCAGCAUUGCAGGGAUACAGUGCAAACAAGUCUCAGGCUUCUCCAAAGGGUACAGCUACAGACCAGGAAAAGUGUUUAAUGGGGAAAGUGAUCAUGCCUGGAAUUCUGUUCACCUCGAUGGAAGGUGGCAUCUUCUGGACAGCACAUGGGGAAGUGGUACUGUAGAUGACUCUUGUGCCAAUUUCACUUUCAGAUACAAUGAAUUUUACUUCCUUACUCAUCCUGCUCUAUUUAUUAAUGAUCACUUCCCAGAAGAUCAGAAGUGGCAACUUUUGAAGCAGCCCCUGACGUUGCAGCAGUUUGAAAAGAACGCACACUUUAGGCCUAAAUUUUAUACCACAGGGCUGGUUGAAUCUUCCGCAAAAACAAUAGCAAUUGAAACAGAAAAUGGCAAAGCAACCAUUUUUAUUGAGAGCCGUGUUCCUGUUCUCUUCCUGGUUUCACUGAAUGGGGCAAAGGAGCACUGUCUGAUGAUGUUGCAAAAGAAUGGGGUUUUGCUGGAAGUCUAUCCUCCACAGACGGGGACUCACCGUUUGGAGAUCUUUGCCAAAGCCAACAAAGACACAGAGAAAGAGUACAGCAGUGUGUUGGAAUACUCCUUGAAAUGUCGCUCUGUAGACAGAAGCAUAUCUUUGCCUAGAGCGCUCAUCCAGCCAGUGGGGCCCAGCUGGCAUUCGGAGGAGAACGGGAUCCUCGAGGCCUUGCCUGAUUGCCCUAUCAUCCGCAGUGAUGAUGGCCGUUGUGUUGUCACUUUCACCCGAAAGAAAAAUCUGGAUGUCUUUGCUACUUUGGAUUCAGAUUCCAGCACAGUGCCAGAAGAUAUAAGGAGGCGCCAUAUUUGGAAAACCUGCCAAGGAAGCCAGGUGGAGUUAAAGAUUAAUCUUCCUCAUUCUGGGGACUUUGCUCUGCAUAUCUGGGCAAAGAAGGCAUCUGAUCCGGGAAGCCACCAGUGUGCCCUCAGCUACCUACUCUCCUGUCCAAACAAGAGUGUGAUGUGGCCAGUUUUUCCACUGACAUAUCGGAACUGGGAGGAAAACUACGAGCUGGUAUCACCUCUGGCUGGUAUAUUGCCAGCCAACCGCCAGGUUCAGUUUAAGCUCAAGAUGCCAGGUGUAGAUGAGGCAUCUGUUCAGUGUGGAAAGACUUACCCACUGACUCACCGUGGAGAUGAUUUUUGGGAGGGAGACUGUCACACUUCAGGCAGCUCCAAAGUUAGAGUAAUGGUGUCCCAAAAUGCCAAUGAUAACACCUUCUGGUCUGUGUUGGAGUACAAAGUCGAAAGUCACUAGGAUAGAUGAAGAGUGCAUCGACACUGUAGAUUGAAUGUAGCUUAACUCCACUUUAACUGCCAUGGCUCAGUGCUAUAGGGUCAAAGGAGAUUUCACCAGAUCUUUAGCCUUCAUAGCCAAAGAGUGCUGAUGCCUUGUCAAACUACAAAUCUGAGGAUUUCACAGCACUGAGUAUCUAAAGUAGGGUCAAACUGCAUUCAUUCUACACUGUAGUUGCAUCUGAAAACAACGGGACUUCUUCAGAAAUUACCCACCUCUAAUGGAGUAUGCAAGUUUUGAUUUAUCUGAUGUUCUCAAUGUAUAUAAGUAAAAUAAAGCUAAACUCUGUCUUCCUUUCUCUGAGCUUCCAAGUAUGGAUAUAUCUAGAGACGGGUGCUAUCAUCAUACCUCAUGGAUGGAAUUUUUCAAGAGGUGUUAUAAACCAUUGUAAUCAUCCUGUUUUUUCCAGAUGUUUGUUCUGGUUUUUUUCCCUCCUGCUACAGAAAACUGAUUGAAGCAGGAAAAGUAUAAUAAGAACACUGUUUAUGUAUUAAUAAAAAUAUUUAUAUUCUGCUUGUGUCAAAAAUAAUCCCAGGGCUGCAUAUAAUAAAAGAUCUUGACCAAUUUAAAAUAGGAAGCUGUGAUUUACACACAUGACUAACUAGAACAGACAAACAUGUUUUUUAAUAUAGACGGUAGUAUGAAAAGAGCAAGAUCACAUUUCACAUUCCAGAAAGAUAGACUCAGUCAAGGCAGUCAUGACCCUAAGUCUACAGGAUCUGAGCAGGGAUACUGAGGAUAGUGUGAUUUGAAAGUCCAUUCAUUCUCAUAAUAAGUUGAACAUGUAAACACAAGCAGAUUUCUUAUCUCUUCACAAAUUGUUAAUUCAAGCUCUGUUUAAUAUGAUAAAAACCAAAAGAAAGGAAUGCUUGAAGGGAGUUGCAAUUGUUUUCCCAUUCUGCUUCCCUUGAGCCACCUGUGUGUCUGUUGCUCCAUAUUUUGACAGCACGAUCAACUGUUUUGAGCUUUUAAAGAGUGUCCAUGUGCUGGAGCAGUCCACAAAAAGGGAAGGGAAACAUGCUUUGCAUGACUUUAGGGAUAUGUAGUCGUGUGAAGGUGCACGUUUUUGGGAUGGAGUUGGGUUUUAAGCACACCUUUUAAACACAUGCUUUUAGCUGUUAACUGGGAGCCCUCAGUGGUGCAAUGGAGUAAACCCUUGUGCUGGCAGGACUGCUGACCAAAAGGUCAGCAGUUAGAAUCCGGGGAGUGGGGUGAACUCCCAACUGUGCUUGCAAUGGAAAUGGACCGAGAGAAGGGCCUCUCCUGAGGACCUUGGGACCUGGGCAGGUUCAUGAAGGGAGAUACAAUCAGGCAAAAAGACUGGACCCAAGCCAUAUAGGGCUUUAUGGGCCAUAACCAUCACUUUGAAUUGUGCAUGGAAAUAGACUGGCAACCAGUAGAACCACCCUAGUUAGCAAUCUGGCUGCAGCUCUCUGGACCAGCCAAAGGUUCUGAACACUCUUCAGAGGCAACUUUACAGAAAUCUAAAUGGGAUGUAAACAAAGCAUGUAUUACCGUGGCCAGAUUUGAUAUCUUGAGGAAUAGGCUCAAUCCUGGCCACUGCAGAUACCUGGGCCUCCAGGUUCAGAUUUGAGUCCAGGAGAACCUCCAAACUACUGGAUCCCUAUUCCCUGAUCUG